AACUUUAAUGCAAGAUAUCAGAAAUAAAUGUCCAAAUUGAAUUCAAUUCCGUCUAAUUCCUGCUGAUUAAGACUGGAAAACUACAAAAGACGGACUAAAAUACUGUUCCCUACCCUACCCCCGUACGCUAAAGAAGUUAAACAGCUCCAAGCAACAAACAAUGCUUCAAAAAGAAUUCGAAUUUAUGUAUAUUUUUUUAUAAUUCUUUCAUCUGCAAGAAAUGAAGGAUUAAACAAUAGUUUGCAUACAUGAUAAAUACGUAGAAAUUGGCUACGUGUUACGGUUUGGAAGUCAGCCCUUCCAGCUUCGGGCAGUUAAUGUUGUUGGAUGUAAAAAUUAAUAAUUUGCAAAGCUGAAGAGACAGUCCUGAGAGACCCUGGUACAUUCCAUUUCCAGAACAUCGUUGUCUUUUAUACUAUAUACGAUGGGAUAAUACAGUAGCAUAGACCUUAAAGAUGUCUGCAACAAGAAAAUGGAUUGUCCUUGUUAUAUUUUUAUUUGAAUUUACUACCUCACCAAUUCUGGCUCAAAAAGUAUUUAAGCCAUCUUCUACUCAAGUGAAAGUGAAACAAACUAUAAGUCUGAACCAACCAGGAGUAGCUUCAACCUUCAAAAGAAUUGAGGAAAAUGCUCCAACUCUCAUAAAAUUAUUUCAUGCAAUUUGUGAGGUAUUGUUCGCUGGAUUAUGGAUUCUGGACACAAUUCUAAAUGGGGUUCUGUGGGUUAUGAAUGAAACAGUCAGCUCAUGUGCUGAACUAUGUGUCCGCAUUUUUGGUAUACUCUUCAAUGUUGUGAAACUGCUAGAAGCAUUAGGUUUUGGGGUGAAAUUCUUGCUUGAGUUAAACUAUGCAGUGUUAUCAUAUAUAUUUGAUAUAUUUGGAUGCAUAAGGGAUCAUUUCAAAGAUGGUCUCAUCUUGGUUAGAAUCACGAUAGCAAACCAAACUGAGAAUGUGUAUGAUUCAAGCACUAUGGCAUUAGAAGGUAUACAGUUCCUGUUGGUAUCUGCAUGCAAUAAGACUUUGGUUAACAUUCGGCAUGUCUCCUCAGUUGUAACAACAUGUCUCAAUAACACACUACCAUUUGGUCUAUCAGCUUUGGAUUCAAGUUUGGCUGUAUCAAUGGUUCUUGCAGGGUUGGAAUUCUUUUAUGAAUCUCUUAAAUUGACUGGAGAGCUUCUCAGGGAUGGACAUUUGUUUAUUUUGAACUGCAUUUGUAGCACCUUUGGAACAAUUGGUGCAUGCAUUUUUACUUGUAUAUGUUUUAUACGAGACACUGUUACCCUUGUUUCAACACAGAUUAUCCAUGCUGUGAUCUGGCCUGUCUAUUUCCUGGCUCAUAUAGUAUCAAAUAUCUCAUUUAUGUUGUACUAUUCUUUGGAAGCAUUUGUGAAUUGUCUUGGUGAUCUGGAUACAAGGAUUCGAAAGAUAGUGCAUUCAACAUUUAAGACAAUUGGAUUUGGUACAUCUAACUUUGUUUACACUAUUACUGGAUGGUUAUCAAGUAUUAUUUACAGUAUUAGUGGAUAUUUAUCUGAUAUUGUUUAUAGCAUCAUAGGUGCUAUAUCAACUCUUGUUUCAGGCAUUGUUGGUAUAUAUGAAUACAUCCCAGGUGGAGUUUUUGGAUGCAUCACAUUCAUCUCCCUUUCAAUAAUAAUUUACUUAUGGCAUGAAGAAAUAGCAUCUCUCUUAGUUUCAUCCUGGAUAAGUUUAAGAAGAAUGAAUGAAAACCACCAUAUUGACAAUGAUCAGCUGUUUCAUAAUGAACAACUAUUUGAAGCUCAAGAAAGGGAAUUUCCAAACACCCAAGGACCAUCUUCAGAUAAACACAUACCACAAAACCAAACUAAGUUAAAAUAUGAACUAGAACUUGAAAAGGACAAACGAUUGUGUGUGAUAUGUCAAGACAAUUUUAAAAACAUCUUACUAAUGCCGUGUCGACAUGUUUGCCUGUGUCGACAAUGUUUACAACAGAUAAUAGAAGGCCAUAUUCAAUUAGCACAAUGUCCAUUAUGCAGAACAUACAUACAGUCAACUAUGGAAGUAUUUAUAUAGUGAUUCUUUGUACAAUACAUCAAUUGAUAUUUUACAUUACACUUUGUAUAUAGCAGUUUUAUACUUUGUACAGUAAAUAUUGCAUUAAUAAAAGUAAAAUA